GGUACUUAUUCCGGACAAGGAUAGGUUUCAUGACGGAAAAGAGAGGAGGACGUGGUUGAGUAGCCCAGAAGGUCCGCUAUUUUGGCCAGCAUACAAUUGUCUAUCUUAGACCCCACUGUCGCACAGUAUGUAAAAGCUAGUUAUCAGGAUUCCUCAAAACUUACAGAAAUGUAGGUAAUUUGGUGGCGUAGACAGGGGGGGGUUGCAGCCCGUUCUCAGAAAGCCGGAGAGAUAUGUAUGUUGUAGAUCGGCUCUCCAUUUCAUCCCGACUCACUGUCAAGGGAAGAUUUGUCAACUCUAAUUGGAGGUUGGAAUGUUGGCUGAGCAAUUCACACGUACAGAGUGGGGUAGGGGCUGCACAGCCCUUGUAUACUGUACCGCCACUCAUUCUGCAAGCCCCUGAGCAAGCGAUUGGGAAGAGAGCUUGCGAAUUCGCAAGGCCCGGAUUGAAUCCGAGGCUGGCAUGUAUCAACGUGCUUAAAUCAACUAUAAAGUGCCUACCCAAGCAUCUCACCAGCUUCGAUUGGCGUCAGCAUCGUCGCCCGUCCACAUCCAACUUUCCGACUACCGUGCCGAGCAAGGUGGAUAAGGCGGGGAUAUAUAUCGAGCGCAGCAUGGCAGAUAUUUUCCGAGAUUCCUUGUUCACGUCGAAGGCGACGGACUACGUGUGCCCCAAGUGGACUAGUCCGUGGCGGUUUUGGUGCAACGCUCCGAGCAUCUGCACGACCGACUCUCGGACAUCGAAACAGUAUUGCUGCAAUCCUGGUGAUAUCUGCUGGGCUCCCACCUCAGCGUGCUCUGGCGACGGGAGUACUUUCACCUGCACCAGUGGCGACAGCACAUGGUGCUGUCUAAAGGAUAAAGAAAUUUGCACACAGUUGACGGGUCAAAGAAACAUAUGCUAUACCACAUCCCCAAAUCCUCUACAAAACUUUACCGAGAGCGUACUCGAUGAUACGUUUUCGUCCUUGAGCUCCGCGGCGCCGACCGCCAGUGCCUACAGGUUCGAUCUCGCCGCGUUACUUGGACAAACCACACACACGUCGGGGCAAAUCGCAGACCCGACGGGCACUAGUUCGACCUCAGAUGGCGUUCCGUUGUCCAAUUCUCCGUCAAGUGGUCAGCCGUCUGCCGGUUCUCUUUCUGGUGGAGCAAUAGCAGGAAUCGUCAUCGGCGCAUUGGCCGUAGUUGUUAUCGCUGCCCUCGUCGUGGUUCUCUUCUUGCGAUACCGACAGAAACCCAAGAACCAGGUUGCGCAGCUGGCCCAGCCGCAGACCGGCCCAAAGUACUUUCCAUCGGUUGAAGUGUCUCAAGCGGCUCCGCCUGUGGUGCCGUAUGAGCUACAAUUCAUUUCGGUCAGCCCAGCGGAGCUGCCUGGAUAUGGGAACGGAGGCGGGCGAUAACGAUCGUUUUCGAAAGAGCUUGAGUACUUCAAGAUAUAGUUAAAUAUUAUGCCUGGUUAGGCAGGAACGCUCACGGAGGAUACAUCAAGGGAGCGAUCACCAGUGAUCGAAGGGAUUAGAGUAAUCACUAGUGAUAGUUUGGAGGAUUCUUGGAUUGAUCUCAAAGGUAAACUAUCUAGUAUCGGACAGAACGAAGAAUGAAGAAGAAAAGGGAAGGGAAACAGGAACGAAGGAGGUAUCUUAUCUACAUGUGUAUCUUCCCGUGGUGGUUGUUUGUUACCCACCUCUCAACACAUGCGACUAUCCUACAUUGGGGUGGUCAAAUUUGUGGCGCAGAGGUCUUAGCAGCUGAUAUAUCUCCAGCUCCCUCAACUUUGAUCUUCAAUAUCUUCACCAUUUUUUAUACAAAUCAUGCCAGGAAAAGAGUGGGAUAGUCUCCGUAAGAUUGCAUUUUUUAGGCUCUAUGAUCAGUCCAAAACCGCC